GACAGUGUCUAUAAGUGUAUGCGUCUUAAAUAUUAUUGAUUUAUAAAUAUAAGCUCAAAUGUUAAACAAAUGAAAUUAAAAUGCGAAUUAUAUAUUAAUAAGGAAGAAUACGCUUCAAAUAAUAUGUUAUUUGAAUUGUGAAAUAAACAACGACGUUCGCUACAAAGAUAUCACGGAUCUUGGUAUGAUCAUCGAAAAUGGUUACUUCUAACAAGCAACCAGAUAAAAAAGUUGUUAAGAUGGCUGAGCAGAAUAACAUAGCAGUGGUUCCCCAGCGAACUCUAUUAGGGGAAGUCAAUGAACACAUAACGUGUCCAUUGUGUCGAGGUUAUUAUAUAGACGCAACCACCAUAGUGGAAUGUUUACAUUCAUUCUGCCGAAGUUGUAUUAUAAAACAUCUUCAAGUUAAAAGUUACUGUCCAGUUUGUGAAAUGAUGAUUAAUUCAGCAAAACCCAAUAUUAAGUUAGAUAAAGCUCUACAAGAUAUAGUUUACAAACUUGUUCCUGGUCUAUUUCAAAAAGAAAUGGAACGACGUCAGCAAUUUUAUGCAUCCAGGCCAGGUCCAGCUGCAUCGGCCACACCGGAACAACGAGGCGAGGAUACAGAACGAAUUAUUUUUAGUCCUGAAGACGUUAUUUCAUUCUCUUUGGAAUAUGCAGAUGCAACUGAUGCUGAUAGUAUAUCUAGCAAAUCAUCCGAUAGCAAUGAAGCACAACCGUCUUCAUUGACUACUAGAAGAUAUUUGCAAUGUCCGGCUGUUGUAAACAUUAGUCAUCUCAAAAAGUUUCUCAGUAUGAAAUUUGAUAUUGAUAGUACACAAUUUGCUAUUGAUAUUUUAUACAAAAGAGUACCCCUACCUGAUUAUUACACAUUAAUGGACAUAGCUUAUAUAUACAACUGGAAAAGAAAUGAACCAAUGAGAUUCUUCUAUCAAAUUAUUGAUUAUGUGGCAAUACGAAAUAGACUGUUUGAUAUAAAUAGAAAAGGUGGAUCUCAUUUUCCUGAUAGAAAACCGAGCCCAACUUGUACUGAAGAUACAAAUGCAAGCAGCCCAACUCCAAAUAUUAAUGACCAAGUUUCUGAAGCAUCUUCUGGUACUGACAGUCCCAUGCCUGACGAAAAUAAUGUUAAGAAAACAGGUGAUACUCAAAAGAAAAGUGAUUCAUCAGGCCAAAGUGUUGAGGAUGGAAAGGAUAUAAAAUUAAAUAAUGAAAAUAAAGUAAAUUUUAAGAAAAAUGACGAAGAGGUUGAAAAAUCACAGUUUUUGAAUUCAUUUGAAUUAAAAGCAAAUACUAACUCUACAUCAUCUAAAUCAUCACCUGUCAAAGCAAAUGAUUCUGAUGCUGUCAUAUCCCCAAAGGACAAUAGUCCUAAAACAUCAACCAUAACUCCUAAGAUUGAAGAAUGCUUGAAAAGAAAAUUUGAAAUUCCUAAAACAUUACCAGAAAUGAAAAAAAUUAAAAUAGAAAUUGCUAAGGUACCAAUAAAUCAAACAAGUAAUGUGGGAACAUCAAAAACAUGUGUGAAUGUCAAAGAAAAUUCUCAAAAGGUUUCUUCUGAUACUCCAAAUAUUUCUAAAACUAUUGAAGAACCAACGAAAAAUAGUGUACCACCUUCAAAUAUACAAACUGCUCCUGUAUUACCUCCUAAGGAUAUUAAGCAGCAGCAGCAGUCACUUGUGAAACAUCAGCAACAAUCAGAUAGCCCUGGACAAAAAAGGGCAGUAGCAGUAACUCAUACAGUUUCAUCUCCAAAGAGAAAACCAUCUGACUCUUCCAUGGUACCACAAUCUUCACCCUUAGUACAAAAAACUGUAUCACCCUUAAAAUUACAAUUGCCUAAACCAGAGGCUCCUACAAUGAAUAAACAAGCUGAAACACCAAAACCAACAACUAAAAAAAUGCCUGAUCUUAAACCAAGUACACCAGUAAAUCCAUCCACACAAAAUAAACAACCAACUUCUGGCAAAUUACGAAUGGAUCUCCUAGCAAAUAAUUGUGAUCCCACAAUAGAUAGAAGCAAAAUAUUAUCCCAAGUUAAAACAUCUCUUCCAAUUCCAAAUACAGGACAGCCUUCUGGAGAUCCAUUAAAAUCAUUGUUUGAUUCAUGUAAAAUUAACAUACCCUCUUCACUGUCAAUAACUCUUACUGAUCAAAAAUUAGAUCCUAGAAAUCUCUCUGAUACUACAAGUACAGAUCCAAAAAAAACUGUAGUUAACAAAAAUCUUUCAAGUGCUACUAGUACAAGCACACAUAAAGUGCCAAGUCCUCCUGUACAUAAUUACAUUGAAAUACUUAAGUUACCUGACACUGAUCCGAAGAAACAGAAUAAAGCUGAAAAUAUUGUUGAAAAAAGUAAUUCUCAGAAUAAAACAGAAAACAACACAGUUCCAACUAAAAUACCUAAUAAAACAUCUGAAACAUCCACUAAGGGACCUGUGCCUAACUUAAAACCAAUUUCAGACACAAAAUUAGGAAAACAAAGCGGAAAUUUCUCUGCUCCUAUAACAUUUCAACAAACUUUUGAACAACAAUUGCAAUCACUGCAGUCUGAUAAAAAACCUAAAGUAGCAAAAAAUAAAGCUCAAGUGCCGAAACUAGUACCAGCAACUCCAAAACAGUUUAAUGCUGCUAACAAACUUAAUAAUUCUAUUAACAAAACUAACCCAAAUUUGCCUCCAGCUGAAAAUAAGGCAAGUGCAGCACUUGAUUUGUCUACUCCACAUAAUAUACAAAGCCAAUUGGGACCACAACAAACGAAAGCUUUUGAAAAAAUGCAAUCAAUAGCCAAUUUGGCUAAAAAGCAAAAUAUGCAUCCAAAAAUAUUACCACUUACUUUGUCCCAAGCUAAUGUAUUUUCCAAUAUGUCGAAUAGACCUCUGACAACUGGUGCUCAAACCUUAAGAGUUCCAUCAACAAGUAGCAUUAAUCAGCUAAAACUCGAUAAGCUAAAUGCUAGUGGAUCACAAAUGACUUCUCCUAGACAAGAAACAAGUCAAAGAAGCCAGGUCAAGCAUACAACCACUGCAAAUCCAACAGUUCCAUCUCCAAGUUAUUCUAACAAUUCUACAAGUAAUGCUCAACCAUCACCAAGAUCACAAACAAGGUCUCCUAGCUCAUCUCCAAAACUAGUGAUAGCUGAAGAAAAACAAGCAAGCAGUUUAGCAUCAGAACACAACAUAAACCAAUCCAACCAAAUUACAAGUACUCAAUUAUCAAAUGCUAACCCCGCUAAAACAGAAUCACCUAAAGCUUCCCCAGGUCCUUCAAAAGUAGGAAUGAAAACAUUAAAACCAAUGAUGCCUGCAGGUAAAGUGACAGGAAUUCGACAACCAAUAACUCCUAGUGUUAGUUCUAAUCCAGCAAUAACUAAUCCAGCAGAUUUUCUUUCAAAACCACAAUUAAUUUCUCAUGCCCAUCAAGCAAUAUUGAGACAUCAAAUGGAAAUGCAGAAUGCUUGGCUCAAUAUGGCUACUCUCCAAGCAACUAUUCCUUUUAAAUCUCGCAAGAGAACUAGUUUUAAUGAAGCUAAGGAAAAAACAAACAAUGAAAACAAAGACAUCUUAAACAUUGUAAAAACAAGAAAUAAUCUUAAGAGACAGAUAGAAGAUAAAGAUACUGAGACAAUUUCUGAAGAAAAAUGCUCUCCAAAGAAGAUUGUGAGAAAACAUGAAGAUAAUUUUCAAAUUCUUAGUGAUAAGACCAUUAAUUCAAAUAAACAAAAUAGUUACUCUUCCAGUAAACCCUUAGAGCCACUUGUAAGUCGAGAGAAAGAAAUAGAAUUCAUGAAGAAUUUUCUAACUGAACAUCUUGACAAGGAGCAAUCUGCAUCUUUAUAUAUAUCUGGACAACCCGGUACCGGUAAAACGGCGAGUUUAUCGUAUAUAUUACAAUUACCAAAGAUAAGAGAUGGGUUUAAACAGGUUUAUAUUAACUGUACUAUGAUGAAGUCAGCUGCGAGUAUUUAUAGUAGGAUAUGUAAAGAGUUACAGUUGCCAACAUCAGGCACGAGUGAGAAAGUUUGUCAUAAUGCUAUCGAAAACUAUUUAGUAAAAAAACAUAAAAUGAUUCUACUAGUGCUGGACGAAAUCGACCAGUUAGACAGCAAGCGGCAGUCGGUGCUGUACACGGUCUUCGAGUGGGCGGCGCUGCCGGCGGCGCGCCUGGUGCUGGUGGGCGUGGCCAACGCACUGGACCUCACGCAGCGCGCGUUGCCGCGGCUGCAGGCUCGCUGCGCCCUGCGCCCCGCCACGCUACACUUCCCGCCCUAUACCAAGCAGCAAAUCAUCGACAUUUUCACGCAUGUUCUGGCCACCGAGGACAACACUAACGUCUUCUCCCCCGUCGCACUCCAGAUGUUAGCAGCUAAAAUUGCUGCCGUGUCUGGUGAUAUGAGAAGAGCGUUAGACAUUGGACGUAGAGUUAUCGACGUCGCUAGACGUAGUAAAUUUUCGGAACAUCGCUCUGUUGACGACAUGAUGAAGGACACAUCAGUGACAGUCGAACUAAAACAAGUACUGGAAGUCUUGAAUGAUGUAUAUGGAGGUGCGAGACACAUUGAAACAGAUGUGGACGAAGGCUUGCCAAUGCAACAAAAACUGAUACUAUGCAGUCUUAUGUUGAUGUUGACCAAAGGCAAAAAUAAAGAAAUUGUAAUGGGAAAACUACAUGAUGUUUACAAAAGAGUGGCGGCGGCGCGCAACAUCGGCGCGCUGGACGCGGGCGAGAUGGCGGGCGCGUGCGCGCUGCUGGAGGCGCGCGGCGCGCUGCGCGUGGCGGGCGGCGGCGCGGCGGGCGGCGGCGCGGCGCGCGCGCGGCGUCUGCGCCUGCUGUGGGACGAGGCCGAGCUGGCCGCCGCGCUGCGCGACCGGCCGCUGAUGGCCGCCAUCCUCGCCGACACCGCUUGUCUCGCUUCGUAGCUGCGACUGGGAUCGAUCGAUAUUCGAAAAUAACCGAGAGUUGAUGACCUAUCGUUUAACAUUACGAUAUUUCCACAUAUAUUGGUGACACAGUCUUGGGACGUUAUCGAAGUAACAUUCAAUUUUAUCAUAGUUUAGUUGUUUAUUACCUUUUAUAACAGCUGUAAUUUAAUGCACUUUAAAUAAUAACUAUAUUUUAUGACUAAUUUAAUGUACGUGAAACAUACCACGCACCUUUUGCAUGGUACUACAAUUAAGUAAGUAUUUAAGAAUUUUUACUCAUGUGACAGUUUUACUAGUGACCAAAAAUACUUUUAAUAAUGUAAUGUAAUAACUAAUGUUGUAAAUUAUUCCUUAUUGGUAAGUUAUUCAACAGAUGCUCCAUGUUAGGUGUAGACAACUUCUACAGAGUACGACUAUGCCGUAUGACUAGGUCAAAGUACAUAUCAAUCUAGACCAUAUAAGAACUUAAGGUUUUCUGAUGAGAAUUUCGCAUUUGUAGUCAAGGAUCUUGCGUCAUUUGUUCCACGUGAUUGAUUACAAUAAUAUCGUAGUCCUUUUAUUUAUUUUUGUAUAAGUUAAUCUUACGUUUGUGUAAUUUUUCUAUAAAUUAACGAUUGUGUACUAAACUAUUACUGAUAAUUUGGUUUUGAACUAGUUGUGCCUUCUAGAUUAGGUAUUUGUUUUGUUGUCAACAAAUUUAAAAAUCUGUUUUGAAAAUACUAAUUGUUAUUAUAGUCUUGUAUCAUUGUGUUAUGUGUGCCGGAAUCGACACAAUAAAGAAACAAAUUAGGAAAAAAGACAAUUACGUCAUUUAUCCUAUAGCUUGCUUAUAAGGCUGUUAUUCUCGACGUCCUGGAUUCAUACCUAGGACAAAAAUAUUAGAAUUUUCAGUUAAUUAACUAAUAGCAACAGCCGAUAGUAAUUUUAAAUUAAUAACACUGUUGUGCCCUCAGAAUCUCGUAGUGUUUGCGCACACAAUAGUGUAAAUGUAUCCUGCAUUAUUUAUCGAAAUUGGCCGUCCCGGUAGGUGUAGUAGGACGUCAAAGUAAUACUUAAAUACUAUUUAAAGUACACAUCGGUCAUAAAAAAUAAAAAUCAAGAGAUACUUGUUAUUAUCGCAGUACCGAGCCUUACGCACAUAGUUAUGUAACAUACCUUCUAAGAAAAAAAGAAAGUUCCUUUUCAAUUGUUGGUUUUUGGGAUUAUCAUAAAGUGCCAACUAAACACCAAUUAGCAAUUAUUGAAUUAAAAUCGUUUCAUUUUAUAAAUAUUUAUUAAUAUUAAAAUUAUCCAAAAAGGUCUAUUUCAAAUAGAGCUUUUUGAAUGAUAUAUGACUUGUUUUCUUUUUAUUUCUUUUACAGUUUUAUGUACUACCGACUACUAUGUAUAUUUGAUUGAUAUUUGAAAAUAAAUUAUACAUGCUUAAACGC